UCCUAGUCGUGUUGCAUCAUGUGAAAUAGAACAAGUAUUCAUUUGAGUUCGCGUGUGUUCAAGCUCAUCCGUGACGUUCAGUUUCCAGCGGCUGUGCCGCAGAGCAGCUCAGGGGAAAAACGGCGGGUUUUUACCCAAGGUUGAAUACUGCGCAAACGCACCACUUCAUAGAACGGCUUUCUCAACGGCAUGCGUGUUAGCCUAAGUAAAACGGUGUCAGAGUAUUCAAAGGGUGUCUAGUUUCGUGAUGCUCAGAAGUAUGAUGAGUCGGACUAACUCUAUCGCGGAGGUUUCUGACAUAGUGUACGAGUAACUAAAUAGAUGAAACCUGCGCUUUUGGUCUUGUCACGAGAGUGACGAAGUGCGAUUCCGCCACAAGCCAAUCAAUGCUGACACAAUGAAACCAUCGGAACACUGCCACUUCGUAAAUCCGACGCAUUGGACUGACGAAAGCCCUCCUUCUCUAUUUUCCCGCGGAGCUAUUCAUGCCAUACCAAGUCAGUAUGGUCCUCCAUCUAUUCAAAGAAAAGGCACCACAUUGGGAACCAAUGCAGAGGCUGAUCCCGUCCCUGGCGCAAAGGCGCUUUCGUCCUCCGGCUUCGGAAUUCCGUUUUCAUGGAAUCGACGGAGUCCUGGGCAUAUUUCACUCCUUGAGGAACCUUCUGCGGCCGGGUCCCCUUCGCGCCUAAGUAAAGAUAGUGGCAGCUAUCGCGAGUUCGUCAAAGAUUUUCGCAUAGACGAGGUUCUUGAAACAGAGUACGGGCAACGCCGGAAGGCCCAGCAUUACGUUGGAAGCACAUUUUACCCAAAUCUUACACCCGGAUCAAGGGGAUGGCUAAACGCCCUUGCUGUAUUCGAUAAGCAAGAGCCAAAUCGGCUGCACGGCCUGCUGGGAACCACCCGCAAUGGAACUCCACUGUGGACCGAAUUCCCCCGACCGCCACCAUUGGAGAGCCCUCAAGUCGACAGAGAGGCAGAACUCAAAGAGGGAGGAGGAUUUUAUCGGCGUUUGUCGAACGCUUUGCCUCUUGACCGAGAAGCGCCCGACAGCAGAGACCCCGUAUGCCGCUCCAUCUCGUACAACCUUCAGAAAUUAAGUGACACUCUUGACGUCUCCAUCGUCAUCGCCUUCUACAACGAGCCAAUGUCUACACUUCUGAGGACGAUUCAUUCGAUUCUGAAUUCCACGCCUCCUCCUCUCAUUCGGGAAGUUAUUUUGGUGAAUGACUACUCCGAUGACAUCGCUCUUCUCCCCGGAGGAUUCCUUGACCAAUACACAGCUUACCUGCCCAAAACGUCUGUUGUGCAUUUGGAUGAACGGAGCGGGAUUGUCUCUGCGAGGCUCGCAGGCAUUCAAGCAGCUUCUUCUCCUGUCAUAGUUGUUCUCGACAGCCACGUCGAAGUUAACAUAGGCUGGCUCGAGCCUCAGCUUGAUCGCCUAUGGAGAUCCCCCGAAUCGAUUGUUUUCCCCCAAAUCGACAGCAUCAUUCCGACGGAUUUCUCCUUCAGCAACACAAGUGGAAUUGGGUGUUGGCUUUCGUUUAACUGGGAUGUCCAAGAGCGAUCAACACUCACUGGUGCUGUUUCUUCGCCCGAAGCCAUCGAGUCCCCAGUCCAUGCUGGAGGCCUCCUCGCUUUUCGAAAAGACUUCUUCCUCAGGAUUGGGGGGUACGACAACGGAUUCUCUUUCUGGGGUGCCGAAAAUGUGGAACUUAGUUUUCGAACUUGGAUGUGCGGAGGCCGUUUGGAAUGCAUACCGUGCGCCCGCGUGUACCAUCUGUUUCGGGAGGGAGGAGUUGGAUACGCGACUCCACCUGAAGCGCUAUGGAAAAAUCGCAUGCGUACCGCAAGCAUAUGGAUGGAUGAUUACUACGAGUUGGUUGCCGCUAACAAUCCUUACCAUCUGGACCACAAAUCGGUGACUAUUGGCAAUGUAGAAGAGAUGGAGGCACUAAAGAAGAAGCUAAAUUGCAAAAAUUUCCAGUGGUUCCUAGACGUUGUCGACCCAAAACACGAGUUUCGACGCCUCGGCGAAACGAUCUUAGGUCUGGGUCACAUAAAGAGCGAAAACCGUAGAGACCUUUGCCUCGACGUAAUGAACAAUCCAGCAAAAGGAAGUUCUGUUGGUCUCUUCCACUGUCACGGUCUCCUAGGGAACCAAGGCUUCAUUUUAACAAAGAAGCCAAGUCAACUUCGCCUCCUCCUCGCCGAGAAAGAUUCCCACGAGACACUAUGUGUAACGCCCCAAGCAACGAUGGAAAGCUGCGACACAACUUUAGAGACUGCACAAUAUGAGUUCGACUACGAUACCGGAACAAUUAGAUGGACCGGAGAAGAUGAAUGGAAAGACACUUGUAUGCAGGUUGAACCAGCGACUGGCAACGAGCUGCCGCUGGUGAAGUGGAAACCCUGUGAUAAGGCGAACCCCGAUCAGAAGUGGUCCUGGCCUCCGUUCCCCUCUUCCAGAUAUUUGCCUGAAGAAGAGAAACGCCAUCGAGGCUUACUGCAGGGACCGAAACUCAUGGGCGAGCCACGGGUGUUAAUAAAGAGCAAGGAAGAUCCCUCUCUGUGUGUCGACGCGCUUCCACAUCCUGACCACGGCACACGACUCGGAGCCACCGCUUGCAAACCUGGGGGAUCAGUGAGCCAGCGAUUCUUUAUAAUAGGGAACACAGGUCAAAUUAUGUUGGACGCAAAAACAAUUAGCGGUGACGCGCUUUGCAUCGGCUAUCCGGAUCGCGUUUUCUUGUGCGAGGACGAGAAACGGACGAGAAAUUUCUCUGUGGAAAUUCGUCAGAACGGCUUGGUAGUUUGGACCGAUUCCCCGGAAACAAGACAGGCUAAAGCUUGCUUGACGCUAGUCGACGCCCACAAGUUUUCAAGUCCUUCUCAGGGUUUUGUUCGUUUCGAGGCUUGCGCCGAGACUGCCAACGAUGCUAGCCAGCUCUGGAUUGUGAAGGAGAUACAAAACGGCAGAGAUAUGACCUCUUCGUAGCAACGUCUACGCGAAAUAACAAGUAUUUUUGCCUUUGGAACAGUUGCAGAAGGCAGCGUGUAUGGCCGAGCGAAGUGUGAUCAGCCGUUGACGCUUGUUCUUGAAUGCCUCUUAAGGUUUUGAGUGACCCACCAGGGGGAAGCUUCCCUUCCCUAAACCACCAGCAGCCACCCCUUCCCAUUGUCUGCGCAGACUUUCUUACAGCUUCCACUGGGGUCUUGUUACUCGUGCAAUUCAGUUAUGUACGUGAAUAAAUUAAGUGUUCAUGUGAUCAACGCAAUAUGCACGUGACGACCAUAAAAAAUGUUUCAACUGAAACAGUGGUUGUUUUUCCGGGCCUUCAUGUCUCGUUGACUUGCGUGUUCGUCGACUAGCGAUUGAUCGGUAGUCGAAACUUGAAAAACUGUGCUGAUAGGAAUAAUGUGGAACAAGCCUGUAGCUUGACUGUUUGUCGAAAAACAUAUAACCAAACAUUUUGUCUCGGUA